CUUGCGAAGAUGUCGGCCAAGCCCGCUGUCGGCUUCGUGAACGAGGCUUCUCGGCAGAUCCUGGCCGGUGGUUCCGCUGGUCUUGUAGAAAUUUGCCUGAUGCACCCUCUCGAUGUGGUGAAAACCAGGUUCCAGAUUCAGAGAUGUGCAACUGAUCCAAACAGUUACAAAAGCUUAGGAGACAGCUUUCGAAUGAUUUUCCGCACAGAAGGGUUGUUCGGUUUUUACAAGGGAAUUCUGCCACCCAUCUUGGCUGAAACACCAAAAAGAGCAGUGAAGUUUUUCACCUUUGAGCAGUACAAGAAAUUGCUAGGAUAUGUGUCACUGUCACCAGCAUUGACCUUUGCCAUUGCUGGAUUGGGAUCUGGACUAACAGAAGCCAUUGUGGUCAACCCUUUUGAGGUAGUAAAAGUUGGCUUGCAAGCCAAUCGGAACAAAUUUACAGAGCAACCAUCCACCGUGAGUUAUGCAAGACACAUCAUUAAGAAGGAAGGCUUGGGACUCCAGGGCCUCAACAAAGGAUUUACAGCAACUUUGGGACGUCACGGAGUUUUCAACAUGGUUUAUUUCGGCUUCUACUACAAUGUCAAAAACAUUAUUCCUGUCAAUAAGGAUCCAACCUUGGAGUUUCUGAGAAAAUUUGGGGUUGGUCUUCUCUCGGGCACAAUAGCCUCAGUCAUUAACAUCCCUUUUGAUGUUGCCAAAAGUAGGAUUCAAGGGCCUCAGCCAGUUCCUGGAGAGAUCAAGUACAGAACCUGUUUUAAAACAAUGGCCACGGUCUAUCAGGAAGAAGGCAUUUUAGCUUUGUAUAAAGGCCUGCUUCCCAAGAUUAUGAGGCUUGGACCAGGUGGUGCAGUGAUGCUGCUGGUUUAUGAAUACACCUAUUCAUGGCUUCAGGAGAACUGGUGAUUGCCUACAGAGUAUUUUUCCCCCUUGUGAUAAUAGAUAUUCAUUAUACAGCACCA